CAGAGGCCAGAGACAGGGAGCGGGCGGCGGAGGCUGCGGGCUCCACUUCCAGCCCCGGGCGCCCUCGGGGAGCCCAGCGCCCCCCGCACGCCGCGGGCGGCAUGGCCCGGCUCCUGGCCCCGCGCCCGCCGCCGGGCGAGGACCUGUUCUACGAGACCUACUACAGCCGCAGCCAGCAGUUCCCGCUGCUGCUGCUGCUGCUGGCGCUGGUGCUGGGCGCCCUGGCCGCGCUGCUCGCCGUCACCAAGGCCAGCGGCAGGGAGCUGACCUCGGACCCCGGCUUCCUGGGCACGGUGCUGUGCGCCCUGGGCGGCUUCUCCUUGCUGCUGGGCCUGGCCUCCCGCGAGCAGCGGCUGCAGCGCUGGACGCGGCCGCUCUCGGGCCUGGUGUGGGCGGCGCUGCUGGCCCUGGGCCACGGCUUCCUGUUCACCGGGGGCGUGGUGAGCGCCUGGGACCAGGUGUCCUUCUUCGUCUUCGUCAUCUUCACGGCGUACGCCAUGCUGCCGCUGAGCAUGCGCGCCGCCGCCGCCGCGGGCCUCGCCUCGUCGCUGUCGCACCUGCUGGUCCUCGGGCUCUACCUGGGGCCGCAGCCGGGCUCCCGGCCGCCGCUGCUCCCGCAGCUGGCAGCCAACGCCGUGCUGUUCCUGUGCGGGAACGUGGUGGGCGCGUACCACAAGGCCCUGAUGGAGCGCGCGCUGCGGGCCACGUUCCGGGAGGCGCUCAGCUCGCUGCACUCGCGCCGGAGGCUGGACACCGAGAAAAAGCACCAGGAGCACCUCCUCCUGUCCAUCCUCCCCGCCUACCUGGCCCGAGAGAUGAAAGCGGAGGUCAUGGCCAGGCUGCAGGCCUGGCGGGGCUCCCGGCCGGAGAACACCAACAACUUCCACAGCCUCUACGUCAAGAGACACCAGGGCGUGAGCGUGCUGUACGCCGACAUCGUGGGCUUCACGCGGCUGGCCAGCGAGUGCUCCCCGAAGGAGCUUGUGCUCAUGCUCAACGAGCUGUUUGGCAUCGACCAGAUUGCCAAGGAGCACGAGUGCAUGCGGAUCAAGAUUCUGGGGGACUGCUACUACUGCGUCUCGGGGCUGCCGCUCUCCCUGCCGGACCACGCCAUCAACUGCGUGCGCAUGGGGCUGGACAUGUGCCGGGCCAUCAGGAAGCUGCGGGCGGCCACCGGCGUGGACGUGAACAUGCGCGUGGGCGUGCACUCGGGCAGCGUGCUGUGCGGCGUCAUCGGCCUGCAGAAGUGGCAGUACGACGUGUGGUCCCACGACGUCACCCUGGCCAACCACAUGGAGGCCGGCGGCGUGCCGGGGCGGGUGCACAUCACGGGGGCCACCCUGGCCCUGCUGGCGGGGGCGUACGCCGUGGAGGAGGCGGCCGGGGAACCCCGGGACCCGUACCUCCAGGAGCUGGGCGAGCCCACCUACCUGGUCAUCGACCCACGGGCCAAGGAGGAAGAGGAGGAAGGCGCUGCGGGAGGGCUGCUGUCCUCCCGAGGCCUCAGGAUGCGCCCCUCGCUGCUGAUGACGCGCUACCUGGAGUCCUGGGGCGCCGCCAAGCCUUUCGCCCACCUGAGCCACGUGGACAGCCCCGUCUCCACCUCCACGCCGCUCCCGGAGAAGGCCUUGGCCUCCUUCGGCCCCCAGUGGAGUCUGGAUCGGAGCCGCACCCCCCGGGGCCUGGAUGAGGAGCUGGACACCGGGGAUGCCAAGUUCUUCCAAGUCAUCGAGCAGCUCAACUCCCAGAAACAGUGGAAGCAGUCGAAGGACUUCAACCUCCUGACGCUGUAUUUCCGAGAGAAUGACGUGGAGAAGCAGUACCGGUUCUCAGCGCUCCCGGCCUUCAAAUACUACGCAGCCUGCGCCUUCCUGGUGUUCCUGUCCAACUUCAUCAUCCAGAUGCUGGUGACAAACAGGCCCCCGGCUCUGGCCAUCGCCUACAGCAUCACCUUCCUCCUCUUCCUCCUCCUCCUCUUCAUCUGCUUCUCAGAGCAUCUGACGAGAUGCGUCCUGAAGGGCCCCAAGGUGCUGCACUGGCUGCCCGCCCUGUCCAGCCUGGUGGCCACCCGCCCGGCCCUGAGGGUGGCCCUGGCCACCGCCACCAUCCUCCUGGUCUUUGCCAUGGCCGUUGCUAGCCUGCUCCUCUCCCCAGCCGCUUCCCACUGCCCGCUCCCGGCCCCCAACGCGUCCUCCGGGGCCCCCAACGCCUCCUGGGAGCUGCCGGGGUCCCUGCCUCUCGUCAGCGUCCCGUACUCCAUGCACUGCUGCGUGCUGGGCGCGCUCUCGUGCUCGCUCUUCCUGCACCUGAGCUUCGAGCUGAAGCUGCUGCUGCUGGCGCUCUGGCUGGCGGCCGCGUGCUGCGUCUUCCUGCGCUCGCACGCCUGGCUGUCCGACUGCCUCGUGGCCUGCCUGUACCGCGCCGCCGCCGCCCCGGGCGCCAGGCCGGGCGUGCUGAAGGAGCCCCAGCUGAUGGGCGCCGUCUCCUUCUUCCUCUUCUUCUUCACCCUGCUCGUCCUGGCCCGGCAGAACGAGUACUACUGCCGCCUGGACUUCCUGUGGAAGAGGAAGCUGCGGCAGGAGCGGGAGGAGACGGAGACCAUGGAGAACCUGACCCGGCUCCUCCUGGAGAACGUGCUGCCCGCUCACGUGGCGCCCCAGUUCAUCGGCCAGAACCGGCGCAACGAGGACCUCUACCACCAGUCCUACGAGUGCGUCUGCGUGCUCUUCGCCUCCGUCCCAGACUUCAAGGAAUUUUACUCCGAAUCAAACAUCAACCAUGAAGGGCUGGAGUGCCUUCGGCUGCUCAAUGAGAUAAUUGCUGACUUUGAUGAGCUGCUCUCCAAACCCAAAUUUAGCGGGGUAGAGAAGAUCAAAACGAUUGGCAGCACCUACAUGGCAGCCACAGGUUUAAACGCCACCUCGGGACAGGACGCGCCGCAGGAUGCCGAGCGAAGCUGCAGCCACCUGGGCACCAUGGUGGAAUUCGCAGUGGCCUUGGGGUCCAAGCUGGACGUCAUCAACAAGCACUCCUUCAACCACUUCCACCUGCGCGUGGGGCUGAAUCACGGCCCCGUGGUCGCCGGAGUCAUUGGGGCCCAGAAGCCACAGUAUGACAUCUGGGGCAACACCGUGAACGUGGCGAGCCGCAUGGAGAGCACAGGCGUCCUCGGCAAGAUUCAGGUCACGGAGGAGACAGCCCAGGCACUACAGUCCCUGGGUUACACGUGCCACAGGCGGGGUGUCAUCAAGGUCAAAGGCAAAGGGCAGCUCUGCACCUACUUCCUGAACACGGAUCUGACACGGACGGGGCCUCCCUCCGCCCCCCUGGGCUGAGACUCCAUCCUCCCCUACGACCCCUAAUAAAAACGCGGAUCACAGGGCGU